CAGCGCGGCUUGUUGAACUGUCCCUACAGCAGCCAUGGUGGGCAUGAGCCUUCUCAGGUCGGCUGCUGCCUUUGCAGCCAGGUUAGGUCCUCUGAAAGCUGGGAAUAAUGCCGCCAAUAUACUCGCUCGAACCAUCCCACGGACAAAUAAAGUGGCGACCCGUUGGGGCCAUGGAAAGAAGAUGUUUGUGGUCAACCCAACUGACUAUUACGACAGGAGAUUUUUGCAUUUAUUGCGAUAUUACAUCCUGCUGACUGGUAUUCCAGUGGCUCUGUUGGUCACAGCUGUGAAUAUCUUCAUUGGUGAGGCAGAGCUUGCUGAGAUUCCUGAAGGCUAUGAACCUGAGUAUUGGGAAUAUUACAAACACCCCAUCACCAGGUGGAUUGUACGGAACAUUUAUGAUUCCCCAGUGAAGGACUACGAAAAAGUGAUGGCUGCAAUCCAAAUUGAAAAGGAGAAAGCUGAUAUGAGACUGACACAGCUGGAGGUUCGUCGGCAGAUGAGACAUCAUGGAGACGGCCCCUGGUUCCAGGUGCCGACGGCUGACAAGGGGCUGAUUGACAACAGCCCCAAGUCAUCACCUGACAAUUAACGAACGGUGUUAGCAGUACAUGUGGUCAUCAGUCCGACUGUUUGUAAAUUUUUCCCUUGUUGAUUAAAUAAAGUAUGUUUAUGUGGUCUAAUAGCCAGUUUUGGGUACAAUAACUGAACAUCAAACAUUAAAAUUUAAUUAUUCAGUUUUAUCACAAUCCAGAAACAUAAAGUGAAUAGACUCCACCACAUCAGUGUGGCUUGCUAUCUGUUGGUUUGGCUUAGUGACAGUGUCCCUGUACAAGAGGUAAUUCUUGCUUCAGAAAGGUAUUGCAUAUUUACUGCCUUAUUUUGUUACUUUAAAGUCAUUUUGGUUGUUAUAUUUAUACAGCUCAAAUUUACCUGAGGGUAUUUAAAGUAAUUUAGAUUUUGUCCAUCCAUCUCAAAUAAUUUAAUUCAAACAAAGGAAUCAAAUUGAAAUGAAAUGGAUGAAUGCAUUCUAGAUAAAUUAGAAUGCAUUCAUCGAGAUCAAUUGUUACAUCAAUUUCCGUCACUUGAUUUAGUGCUUUCAUGUCUGAUUGCACAACUCUACACUGCAAGGAGAGGAGAGGCUAAUAGUCAUGAACGCAAGAAUAUCCACUGCAUAAACGGGUAUACUGAUAUGUCCACUGAACCAUAUUCUCCACUGGGUGGCAGAGCUCUGUAGACUGACUACUGUCUGACAAAUAAAAGGUUAAUAAAUA